AUGACCGACAAAGACACUUCCACUCUUCAGUCAUAUGUCGACAGUGCGACAGGAGCAGUCCAAAGCGCCAUUGGCUCUCUCACAGGCAACACCACCGACCAAGCGCGAGGAGAACAAAAGAAAGACGUUGCUCAAACCAAAGAGGAGCUCUCUCACGCCGGAGCCAACAUCGGAGGCCACUCCAUAUCAGCCUCUGGCGUGGCGAAGAACGAUCCCAAUCGCAGUGAAGGCAACUGGAAUCAGACCGUCGGCUCCGGAAAGGAGUUUGUAGGCGGAGCGUUGGGUCUUGAUGGGUUGAAGAAGGAGGGACAGCAGCAGAACGAGGAAGGUAAGGCUCAGGAGGCCGCCGGCCAACUCAACGAUCUCGGAACUGGUUUCAUGAACCGUGUGUCUGGUACUGUUGGUGGUGCUGUCGCUGGUCUGACGGGUGACCGAGAGGCCCAGGCCAAGGCUCAGGAGAAGCAUGAUGUCGGAAAGACAUUGCAGAGAGGCGUAGAGGCGGAGGUAUCAAAGCAGGCUCAGUAAGGGUCGGAAGGGAAGUGGUUGAGGAGUUAUUGUCUGCGGUGAUCGCAGUGACCACGACCAAAGUCCCGGGUCGAUUGUCGUUCCCUUGUCGCCAUCUCGAUCGGUCUUACAUGCUUGCACUGCACGUACCGUUUUGCUGGGAUAUAGUUCUAUCCAGGUAGCCCUGUAAAGUUACCAACUCAUUCAUCGCCGUC